GCAGACACAUCCGGUAGCAGUCGGACGAGUAAGUCGCCAGUUUUAACGGUCAGUUUGUUUGUUUUCGCUGGUUAUAAACUGCUUUCUCCUCCUCUCUGGAGCCGCGGUGACUUUAAAAUGCUGCAUGUUUGCGGUUUCGGCAGCCUGGAGUCUCUCAGACCACCAUGUGAAUAGAGACCAGCUGCAGUCAGACAGCAAACAGGUCCUGAACCAGUCAGUAACUGGUCUGCCCCCGGUGUCAGGGUGGCUGUGGUGUCAUCCUGGUGGAGGAGCCAGCUGAUGGAGAGCGACUGUCGGAUCCCCAUGGCCUGUUGUCGGCCUCGAGUCCUCGUCCUCAACGCUCUGUUUUGGGGCCUCGUGUCCCUCAGAGUUUUUGGAGCAGCUUUGCUGAGUGACGAGAAGACUUCAGCAGUGAAACCGGAGGUCGCCCCCUGCUGGCUGCUGGAGGAGUUUGUGGUGACCACAGAGUGUUUGCAGUGUAACGCCUUCCAGACGAGGUCGUGGUCGGCCUGUGCGCUGACGGGAUACGUGGAAAGAGUGAACUGCACCAGAUCCAACAGAGACGAACACAAAAGCUGCCGCUCCGCCGUGAUGGAGGAACAUCUCUUCUGGAAGUUCGAGGCGGCCAUGUUGGCUCUGACGGCUCUCUUCGGCAUCCUGGUGGUCAUCCGUCAACGCUGGCUCGACCGUCUCGCCUCUGAGAAAGUCCGCCGCCAGAUCGAGUCCAUCUAGGACGCCGGAGACGCCAGGACCAGGACAGUAUUUUAACACCAGGACUUAGUUACCUGAUGACACGCUGAGGUCUGUCAGGGAUCAGGUCUGUCGGGGAUCAGGUCUAAAGAAAAACCUGCAGAAAGCUUGAGUUUUUGUUGUUUUCAUCCUCAACUUUAUUUAAAAUGGAUUUACAAACAUGACAACAAUCAGCUGAUGUUUCUGUUUGAACUUUGGAUUCUGGAGAAGUUUGUAAAAUCCACAAUGUGAACUGAAGUAAAACCAGAUCGACGAAGCGGCAACAAAACAAAAAACUAGUUUUUUAAUCAGCUUCUAGACUGAACUCACAAACUGAGUCCAGCACGCUGACAACAAGGCUCAGACCAGUCUGGAAGAGCUGGACCUUAGUGGUCCUGGUUCAGGUCUGGCAGACGAGAGCUGGACCUCAGUUAUAAUCCAUCUAUUGUUGUCCAGUGAAAACCACGUAUUGACACUUUUCCUUCUAUCAGCUGAACCUUUGAACUAUGACACUAAAUGAACCAGUAAAGGUGAAAGUUGAAGAACACGUGUACCUGCUUUGGUCUCCUGGAGAAUUUGAAUCUUUUUCACCUGAUUGGUUGACCUCAACACUCUCGCUCACUCUGAUUGGUCAUUGCUUUGGACUUCCAAAGUGAAAAAUAGCGAACAGUGAAGUUUCACCACAGAGUCAGUUCAUCGUCAUCAUCUUAACCUUCUCUGAUUGGUCAGAACUGACGAUACCUGAAGUUUGGGACUGCAGUUUGCUUCAACGCCACAUUAGUUCCAUUUCCAUCACUGAUGAUCAAUAAUUAGCAACAACAGCCAAACAUCAAGCAAGUGCAACAACACAAGACGUAGCCAGACAGCUGAUGUUAGCGUCGAACAGGAAGAGGGCAGCUCGCCAUCUGUUACGGCCUUUUGUGUCACCACACUCUCGCCAACAACUAAAAUCCAGUCCAACAUUUACUUUUAUCCCCUUUAGCUUCUGUCAACGUUCUCUUCAGCAGUCAUCAACUCUUUAGAGACUGCCGAGCCCGGCUAACAGCUAACUGAGCAAACGAGCUAAGCGCAGCUACAGUUAGCAGUUACCUUAGCAACAGGAACCUUGUAGCAGAGCAGCCAGAGGACAUCAGAGGAAAACCAGGAAACGUCUUCUCCCUCAAACAGGAUCCAGUUUCAGUGACAGAUGAAGAGUCGUAAAGCAGAACGUACCUGCUCAUCCAGGUGACAUUGCACAAGAACAGGUGGAAUGAAAGAGGAACCGUUCUCCGUUUCAAGUCUGCAGCAUCAGAAUUUGUUUGAAGGUGUUAUUUUAAGGUCAAAUAGUCACAUAAUGCUGCUUUAGUGUUUCACUCUGCAGCCAGCGGUGAAAUGUCCGAGUGUGUGUGAAUGCAGCACAGCUGAACUGUUAACCCAUGGUUUUAAUCUUCAUUUUUGGGCUUGACUGUAAAAAUGUUUGGUUUUUCUGUGAAGUUUCAAACAAAAUAAACUGAUGAAAAGCUGA